AUGUCUUACGAAGAACGAUGUAUAUUGCUAAACUGGAACACACUUCAGCAUCGAAGGGAAUACCUCUCUGUAGUGGAAUGCUACAAGACAGUGUUUGGUCUAAAUGGCUUAGACUUUGAUGACUAUUUCGAGUUUUGUAGAGGUAAAAAACAUUAAAGCCAACCAUCCAUACAAAAUACAAACUAAAUUAGCUAAAGUUAACUUCUUUAAGGACUCCUUCUUCGUGAGAAAAAGACUGGAACAGUUUGCUAAACCAUCUUCACUGACGAAAUUAGCCUUGACAAAAUUUUAAAAAGGCUUAAAAAGAUGGAUGAAGAUUUAUUGACACAGAAGCUCAUAUUUUAAUUGUGUAUGUUUUCAUUUUAAAUAUCAUUCUUACUAUACCAUUUUGUACCUGUACUGAUGAUUUUUACGCGCGUUUUUGAAAUUUUUUAAUAUUUUUAAAGUUAAGUUAGGGGACCUUUUAUAGGGAUAACCUUGCGGUCCACCUUUUCAAAUAUGCAUCGUGUAACAUGUUUAUGAGUAUCUAUGUAUUUGAAUAAAGUAUUAUUAUUAUUAUUAUUAUUAUUAUGGGUGACAAGAAUAUCAUAAAACAUAUGCUUGGUUUUGACCUUAAUCCCUAACAGUUUUGUUUUUUAGAAGUUCCUUUAGUUCUCGUAGUGGUGUUUCCAAGAUAAAUCUUCAUAAGUAUUGACUCUUAAGACACUCGUGAUGUUUUUCUCCUUGAUAUUUCCUCUCAUUUUCGAAUUUCUUCGUGAUUGGCAAACACCUGAACUGAACCAUGACCGACAAGGGCCAAGUAAUUCUCACAGAAAAUAUUUAAAAGAUCUUAAAGAAGUGCAAUGAAAAGUUUGUGUACACUGUUUAUGAGAUGUAUUAUGGAAAAGAACCAACCUGAACUCUUAAACAGACUCCGUUCCCGCAAAAAUGUUGGUUUAGUCACUCCUUUCUUUUGUUCUGCACAUUCUAAAGUUGUUUGACACCUUUGUUCUCUAUAUAUAUCAUCGGUGAUCUUUUUCUCAUUUGCAUUUGAUAAAAAUGACCUGACGCCACCUAUGAGUCAUGUUCCGAUGGGAUUGCUCUUUAUCCUAAGUUUGUUUUUUACAAAAUCUCUUGUUAUCACAUGUUUUAAUGGGAAAUUUUUACUUUUAAUCUCAGUCAAUCUUCUGCUCUUAGCUUUGAAUUUACGUAAAAUGAAGAGAUUUGAUCUCGUGCUGGGAACAACUGACGUUUUCCGCCUCAAACCAACUUGCGCAAAGAGGAAGCUUCUUGAGA